AUGGCUGGAGGGCAAAAGCUACCCUCCCUUCCAAUGACUGAAAAUUCGGCUACAUUUUGGGAGGGAGGGAGAAGUUUUCGCACAGCUCACAUGGAAGAUCAACUAACUAGGGCAUGGCUGAAGCAGCCACUGGUCCCGUCUACCACGCUUGCUUUCUCGUUUGGGGGCUUGUUCUCUCAGCGAACCAUUUCCCCUCUUUCCUUUUCGCUGCAUGCAUCGGCUGGCAUGGCUACGGCUGGAGGAUGGUCUUGGAUGCAGCCCAUGGAGCACUUGAUUUCAUGGCUUCCAGACAAGCUUCUUGAGGCGUGGUGCCAAUAUUGCCUCAAGAAUAUCGGUCCUACCGAUGGAGCAUCAGAACCCCCACUCGCAUCAAGGGACGAAAUUCUAAGAUGGCAGGACAAGAUGUUUGGCCCCCAGCCCUGGAUUCUCUCCUUAUGA